GUAGAGGGGAUAAGCAAGGCUGUAGUAAGCGCCGUUACCAACUUGGUACUUUGUGGUUAUAGUUUUCUCCAAGUUGCGCUUAAGAAAGUAUGAACAUGGGCAAAACUGAGAAACUCUAUCAAUCAACCAACUGGACAUUGAAGUAUGUCACCGGAGAUUUGUUCUCCUGUCCACGCGAUGAAUCCUUGGCCCACUGCAUCAGUGAAGACUGUCGCAUGGGAGCAGGCAUAGCGGUGAUGUUCAAGAAGAAGUUUGGUCGAGUCUCAGAGUUAAAGGAGCAGAAGAAGCUUCCAGGGCAGUGUGCUGUCCUGACACAUGAUCAACGUUUCAUCUACUAUCUGAUCACAAAGAAAAAACCCAGCCAGAAACCCACGUAUGUCAACCUAAGACAGAGUCUGGAAGACAUGAAAUCUCACUGCUUAGAAAAUGGUGUCAAUAGAAUAUCAAUACCUCGAAUUGGCUGUGGCCUGGACCAGCUGCAGUGGUCAAAGGUGUCAAAGAUCCUGGAGCAGAUCUUUAAAGAGACAAAUAUCUCCAUCACAGUGUACAGCCUGCCCUGUGUUGGGUCAAAGCUUCAAAUGCAUGCCGUGUAG